AUGGACUACGCCAAGUCAGCUGUCAGCCAGCCUCCUCACGGUAACGUCCCAUGCUCGGAUCCAUGCCAACCUCCCGCGGUGAGCAAGCCGCUCACCAACGAGUCAAGCAACGCAGUCGCUGAGCAAUGCUCCCAAGGCAAAGCGGGCCUCGCUCCCUCGGGCUGCAACUCCAGCUCUUCCGCUAAGCAAUCCACCGCCGCCUCCAAGCUUCCACGCCGCGCACUGCGCUGCUGUCUCGGCCUGCAAGACCUAAUCACCACCUUCCUCACCGAGCACUCUCAACCCUCCAUCGCCACCACCAACUACCGUCUCAUCAUGCAACAAGCAGGCACACUUCUCUUAUCCAUGGAACAUGCGUUGCGCGACCUAGAACUCGCCAUUCCAGCCAAGUACCACUCUCUGUGGCUUAAGCAUCAGAUCGAUGGGUACACUGCGACGCUCGAGGCCCUGCGCAAAUUCAUGCGUGAGCAUGGCUCGCCAGGCCGUGUCUUUGACAUCGGUAAGUAG